UGCGCGGCUAAUUUCACGCCGUACGCCGUGUGACACCAUCAUACCGUGAUUUGUCGUUCUCUGCGAAAGGUGACGCGCGAGAAAACCCAGAGAGUAAUAGUGUUCACGGUGCUUUCGCUUUGCAGAAUCGAAUAAAUUGCGAGCUGUCAGCGUCGUCUUCGAGGAGAGAUUACGAGAGCCGCUAAUAAGUCUCUCUCUUCCUCUUCCUCUCUCCCUCUAUUUCUGUCGUCGUUGAGGAGUGGCGUGCGUGGCGGAUCUUGCCAACUGUUUCCGGCGGCAUAGUGCCUCGCCGCAAGGUGACGUUUGCGGGAUCAUCAUCUUCGAGGUCUGAAGCUUCGAGGAUCCUUCGUGCAUUUGUGCUCGUGCUUAAGCGGGAGACAAGAAGAGACAGGCAGAAACAGAGGAACGAAAGAAUACAAAAGGAACAGAUAAGAUGGGUCUGACAAUUAGCAGUCUGCUCACUCGGUUAUUCGGCAAGAAGCAGAUGCGAAUAUUGAUGGUCGGCCUGGACGCCGCCGGCAAGACUACCAUACUCUACAAGCUGAAGCUGGGUGAGAUUGUUACGACAAUACCUACCAUUGGUUUUAACGUCGAGACGGUCGAGUACAGGAACAUUUGCUUCACCGUGUGGGACGUGGGCGGCCAGGACAAGAUCCGGCCUCUCUGGAGGCACUACUUCCAGAACACCCAGGGUCUCAUCUACGUAGUGGACAGCAACGACCGGGAGCGCAUCGGUGAGGCGGAGCGCGAGCUAGCAAACAUGCUGAAGGAGGAUGAACUACGUGACGCGGUGCUUCUGGUAUUUGCCAACAAGCAAGACCUGCCCAAUGCCAUGUCCGCAGCUGAACUCACCGACAAACUCGGCCUGAAUUCGCUGCGCGGCCGUCACUGGUACAUACAGAGCACCUGCGCCACCCAAGGACACGGACUGUACGAAGGCUUGGACUGGCUGAGUAACGAGUUGGCCAAAAAGUGAUAGCGCCUCACAGCAGCCGGUAUUCUUAAGGACAGCUUCUCAUUCAUCCGGGCAUGGGCGUAGAGCGAACGGGGAUACACUCGGUUUCUACCUUUGUCAAAUUGUAUUAUACUGAUGUAGCGUCUGACGUGUACAAUUCAGAACUGCCACGGCGACCGCGACCGCCCGCGCGCAGGGCGACGCGAGAACGAAGUGACAGGGCGACUACCUGCUCGACCGCUUCUUUUUUAUCGCUCGAGUACAAUAGUAAUAAAUCGUGUUUUGACUGUGUUCCGGAGAACGCGAAACGCAAACUUCGUGCUCGCGUUUCGCUGGAGAAAGGCGGAGAGAGAGAGAGAGAGAGAGAGAGAGAAAAAGAGAGUGAGGAAAGUAGCCGUUACGUCAAAAUAGAUGUUCUUGCAUCAUCUAUAAGGAUUGUACAUAGUUCUAGGUUUCCUCGUAUGUAUUUCUCUGCUCAUUGAGACAUGAAUUUCGAUUUUUGUUGUUAACAGCAGGUGACGAAGCCGUUCCUGUCGAUCGCUACGACUCAACUACAAAAAAAUUUAUUUAUUUAUGCGUUGUUAUGCACGAAGAACCGGAGCUGAAUACACGACGAAACUCGUCCACUGUCCUACGUCCGUGCUACUUUCAUCGGGAAUGACAUACGGUGUACUAUGUGAUGUUACACGCGCAAGUCGUUUACGCACUGUCCUGUUCUUCGAAUAAAUAAGUGAAUUUCGAGAUAAGUAACGCUAGCCGGUAAGACUUGUAUGAAUAAGUAUUUGAUUAUUAACUUUAAUAACUUUCUCAAAGGAAAUAUAAAACCUAAUCAAAGUUACUCUCGUGACGAUUCCUCUUUUCAACAAGGCUAGACGUUUAAGCUGUAAGCCAUGUGGCUUAGAGGCAUGAUUGUUGCAAUAAAACCAGAAGGUGAACAUAAGAAGAAAGAGCCAAGUUGACAGAUCUUUCUAAAGUCAAAUUUCAAAAUCAGGCUCAUGUCAAUGGUUGUUACUUGAAACUCGUCUCUUUCUUUCUCGUGGAGAAUGCCCAGACUUUUCACUCUAAAGUUAGAUCUGAAUUUUUUUCAGUUGAAUCAUACAGUGAUGUGUUUUCACAACAGCUCGGAUACUUUUUCCUCGUGCAGUUUGGAAUGCCAAUGAGAGGACUGGAAUUGAUAAGAAAGAAUUAAUUAAAAAUAAAUGUUUCCACUGGCCCAUCGGUUAUACCAUCCAAACCUGCAUCGAGGAGAAUGUUAAAAUAGUUUUGAAAUCAAUCAUACACAUAUGUUACAUUUGCAAUCAUGAUACAAUUGAGCAUAAACUCACACAUAGCUAAUCUGGGUACCAUCUCUCACUUGAGACGAGGCUCAAGCGGCUUCAAGAAACGACCGUUAAUAUGGCUCUCAAACCUGAAGAUCAGAAUCUCUCGCAGUUAACGCACUCGGGGCGGAUCUUUCCGUGAAAUGUCCAAACUGCGUGAAGGCCGACGAACGGAAGGCUGCGGGAGAAGCAGGCAGCAAUCAACACUCUCGUUCGCUUGCUCGGUAAAAUUAGUAUUGUCAUUAACUGAAUGUACAACUUUAUUACAGUACAAAACAGUACAGUAUAGUGCUACAAGUACUGUAUAGUGUAUCAAACGAUCUGUUAAUGUAUGGUGUUACGGUAUUCAUAUAACCACGGCAAUCUAUUUCAUAUCUCUACUCCAAGAAACAUGGCAAAUAAAUUACGGAAAGAACGCUGCUGCUAUUUACGAACUGUAUGUACAAUACGGUAUCUUAAAAUACAGCGGAAACGGAGAAUCGUUGAAACGUUA